UUUUUUACUUAAUAAUAUCCAGCAGCUUGGAAGUGCAGUCAGUGACAGUGUGCAGAGUGCAGGGAGAGGAGGGAGUGUUGCACAGCCAGGGACACACACAGAUAGUGGCUGGUUGGGUCUUUGGAUAAGCCGUCUCUGGUCGUUUUCUUGGUAAGCCAGGAGGAGCUGAAAGAUGCCCGGGGUGGUGAGCAAGAACCCCGACCUGGAGUUUGACUCCCUGCAGCCUUGUUUCUACCCAGACGAGGAUGACUUUUAUCUGUGCGGACCGGACUGUGCUCCCCCAGGAGAAGACAUCUGGAAGAAGUUUGAGCUGCUCCCCACGCCUCCUCUCUCCCCUAGUCGAGCUGGGCUGCAGAGUGACCCGUUGUCUCCUGGACAGGGGCCCUUGCUUGAGUAUGGCUUACCGGGGGACGGGGAUGCCUUGGAUUGGGCAUCGGAGUUCUUGCUGCUGCCCCCUGAAGCCGACUUGCUGGGGGGUUCAGGCUGGGGUUUGCCGCAGAGCAACGAGCUGGGUUUGUCCCCUUGCAACCUCAAGUCCAUCAUCAUUCAGGACUGCAUGUGGAGUGGCUUUUCUGCCAGGGAGAAGCUGGAGAGGGCUGUCAAUGAGAAGCUUGGGAAGGCUACCGGGAUUGUAGAAUCUGGAACCCCAAAUCAGACUGGCACUCCUACCGCCAGCAACCUAUUGGUGCAAGGAGAGGAUUUGAACAACCCUGCUUCUCACUGCGUGGAUCCGGCGGUGGUUUUCCCCUUCCCAGUCAAUAAAGGAGAGAGCGGCAGAAAUGCCCAGGCUGCUACACCCAUCAGUGCCAUAUCCUUAGCCACUGUGCCAUCUUCUGUACCCACCAGGAGCUGCAUCCAGCCGUGUCGAACCAGCACCAGCUCUGGAGAUGAGAGUCACAGUGAGUCUGAUGAUGACGAAGAAGAGGAGGAGGAUGAUGAGGAGGAGGAGGAUGAAGAAGAAGAAGAAGAGGAAGAAAUAGAUGUUGUGACAGUGGAGAAAAGGCGAUCAUCUUCUAACAGAGCAGUUACCUCCCCAACGAUUUUGCGCUCAAAAAACAUCAACCCCGCCUCGACAAAGAACCUGCCUACUGAACUCAUUCUUAAGAGGUGUGCUCCUGUCCAUCAACAACACAACUAUGCCGCACCCUCCCCAUACAUGGAGACAGAAGAGGUAGCUCCUCCUCAGAAAAAGCAGAAAAGUGAGGCUGCUCGGCCUGUAAAGAACGUGGUACAACCAAAGUCUAAAAGCUCCAGCCCUCGCAAUUACGACUCUGAAGAUAGCGAGCGGAGGCGCAACCACAAUAUUCUUGAACGCCAGCGCCGCAAUGACCUGAGGUCGAGUUUCCUAACCUUAAGGGACCAUGUACCAGAACUUAUUAAAAAUGACAAAGCCGCAAAAGUUGUUAUCUUGAAAAAAGCCACUGAAUAUGUUCAUUCCCUUCAGGAUGAAGAAGAAAAAUUAUUACUGGAGAAAGAAAAAUUGCAGCUUAGACAGCAACAGUUGGUUAAGAAGAUUGAAAACUCCCGGACUUGCUAAACGUUCUGAUUUUUGUAUUUUUUUUGUUUGUUUGUUUUCCCUCCUAUUCUGAACUGUCACUGCCACUUUGCACAAUUUUUGAUUCUUUAAAAGAAAAAAAAAUGAAAAAAAAAAAAUACAGAUUUAAGCAUUUUUGACGUUACGAAUGUUGGCUUAAUUUCAAAUCCAGUUCACUCUACAGAUGAAAUACAAUUUUUUUGUAUUAGAUGUUAUUUUGAUUUGUGGUUCUGAAACAACUGGAUGAUAUCUUUUGAGGAGUUAAGUAGACUGCCAAAUAAUUUACUGUUGUGUUAUCUCUGUUUUUGGAUAUAUAUUGUUUUUGUUACUUAUGUACUUUUUAGAUGUUUUCAUGUGUUUGUUUUUUUACAUUUUUUAU